GUUAGAACGAUAUAGGCCAAGAAAGGUAAUAGCAAUAGCAGCUCCAAACCGUAUUUGGGAAGUAGGGCAAUAGCUUUCUCUCUCGUUUGAGGGAUGUCGUCUGCUGACUUUCUUCACUUUCGAAACAAUUCAGCCCGAACCGGACGAUACGGGAAUAGAACUCUUUAAACACUAGAGAAAGAACGUUCUGCGAAGGAAAGUUUUGUUUAUUUUAGGCGUGUUUGGAUGUGCGUAGUAAUCGAAUUGAACAGAAUUAAGGAUUUCAACCAGUGUGUGAAUUUUAUCAAUUUUAAUUUUUCUCUUUCUUUUUGUGCCAAUUGGAUAUAUCUAAAGGAUAAGGGAAGUUAUGCGAGUAAGGAUAACAUACACCCAUAAUUUUUUUUAGGUUGAUCUUGAUUCUACGAAUACAUUACAGCUGAAUUCAAAAAAUAAUUAUUAAAAUGAAAUCAUUUUAUUACAUACAAAGUAAACAAAGCAGGUCAAUGUGAUUCACCACCGAAACCAAGAUGCACCGACUGUGGACGUUCGGAACUUGAGAUUAUUACUAACCAGCUGAAGUACUUUCGAACCUGGCAUGAUGUCCUUAGUGCAAUGGCACUUUACCUCAAUAAAAACCAAGGAUUGGCAAUUCAAUUAAAAAUGCCUUUUAACUUGAAUCUAACAGACACCGAAUCCAAGGACUGCCGAUUCAUUUUCAAGUGAAAUGUCCUUUGAUUUGGAUUUGACGGCCAGAUUCCAGGUCAAGUACCUGGGAUCUGUGUCCUUUGUCCGGAAGAAGAGGCAACCACUCAAAGGAAUAGUGUCCCUGCAGAGGCCGUUGCUGGACUUGUAUACUGGUGCCCGUCGAAGAGGCGAGAGUCAUCGUAGUAUCCAUCCUUUGGCUCUGACUCAACAGCUUGAGAUAUGUGACUACGGCCUGGUGGUCGCGGAAGGGACUAACCGUGGUGAGACAGUCAUUACCAAGGUCAUCACACCUUUGUCGAAUGUCAUCUUGUGGGCAGCUGUGAGAUUCCAUGCGAGGAUUAUAAAGAAAAGGGUUUUUGGUGCAGCAUUUGUUCCACUUGCCUGUUCGGACGGCGUCCUAGACCACAAGUCCUACAUCUGCCUCGCGUCCAAACAGAGGUUUCUGGUCAGCCUGACGCACCCAUCUGUCUUCGCAUGUAUCUAUAGAAGUGUCUCCGCACCAAGUACGUACGAGUGCCAUGCCUUCGUAUGCGCCACUGCUGAAGACGCGCUAGCAGUCGCCGGACUUGCCACCAUGGCCAGUCAGCAGACUGAUCUGCUAGACGUUCAGAGACAGUUGUACAUGAACCAGCAUCAGACCAGACGGCGGAUUGCGACCUCUGUUGAUUCUGGCACGGAUUAUUACACUCCGUCUGAUGUUACCCCUGCUCCGAGAGAGGAGGAGGAUCGAAUUUAUGGUCCCCCAUUCCGAGAAAAUGGCCCACUGAGGACUGAUACGGAAGAGGAAUCCAAUUCGUAUGCGAGUGUCAUCAAUAAAACAUCCUCCCCAAGUAUCGGCAAAAGGCGAUAUGUUAUGGGAGCUCGCGUGCCCCAGCGAGCUCCAAGAACUCGCAAAAGGUUCACCAAUCACAAAGAAGCUCGAGCUCUGAUUGGGAAAUGUGGUACACCAGGAAGACCACUUCCGGAAGAUGAAGCUGUUUGGCGUGAAACUGUUCUACAAAGAAGAGAAUUGGCAGAGGAAAGCGGAAGGGUGAACUCUAACUAUGAAAACGGAAACCUUCUAAACAAUUCUCCAUCACCCGAAACUCGUUAUAAAAGCAUAUCCACUAUGACAGCCGAACCAACAGAAGAGUUGGCAGAAACCAUUGACCUGAGCAGCGAGGAGACGACCUCUUCGUCCGUGGGUUGGAGACCCGUCUUACCUGUGGAGGACUCACCACUCAUCAAGUACACGUAUUUCGGUUAUGAGACCUACGUCAAACCGACAUCUGGAUCUGAUGAGACGAACAAAUGCGUUAUUCUUAAACCAUCGCAUGUAGAGAGUCGGAACAGUGUUAGACCUGCUGUUCUGAUUGGAUGCGAGUCCAAUAAAAGAAUGGUAGAACAGCGGAGGGCAAAGUCGAGGAAAAGUAUUGAAGAAAGUUCCAAAGCAGAGACUAUCAAGGGAAAUGGUACAGGAAGAGUAGUGAUUAACGUACCCUACGUCAAUUUACGCCCAGACAGCCGUAAUUCGUCCUCAUCAUCUCGAAUCGUUCCACACGGUGUCAGAUCUUUCAACAAGAACGGACAUGUCCGCAACUGGUCAUCGCUUAGCCAAACGUCAGCCUCCUCAUCUUCGUCUUACAGAGGAAUGACCACAAUGCCUCCAUCACACAGGGCAUCCCAGAAGAGUCACCAUCCUCAGAAAGUCAUCAGGUGGUCGUCAGAUGACAGACUACCAAGGCGGCAAAAUGGUGGAUUCUUCUUGAGCCUGAAAAGACUUAGUAUUCAAUCACUUACUAAAGCCAAACACAAAACCGGAAAGUUCAUUUCUAGUAUGAAACUGAAACUAAUGGGUGCAAAACGUUCUUCAGCUGAUGGUUCAGAAGAUUCAGCUUAUGAUACUUCAGAAGUAUGCCUUAGUCCAUCUGGUCAACAAGGAGGCUCUUCUUCGCCAACUCGCCAACCCAUUCAGAGAAAAACAGCCAAACGCCAACAGUCUUGGAGCUUCCAUGAUCUGAGAACUGCUGCUGUCGAAAGACCAGUAGCCAGACGCAGUCAUAAUGUUCGAAGGAAACAUCGGAGAAGAAAUAGAAAAACUGGUCGAAAUUCUUCGUCUUCUGAUUCUGGUGUCGAAGCAGCGUACCAUUCUGAUCACAGUAUUCGAAAAUCGGGCUCAGAUCCAGGACGAUUAGCGAGUACUAGUGGUAUUACUAGAGUACAAGUUGAACAUGGCAUGGGUUCUGGUACAUUCCAGAGAUGGUCCCAUACAAAUAUAAAAGACGAGCUUGGUUACAUUCCAUAAUGUACAUUGUAGUCAAUUCUUAAAAUUCCAAUUAAGAAUUAAAUUUAAUUCUGAAGAUGGUGAUAUAGAUACAUCCCAAUAUUAUACCUUGAAAACAGUUGUAGUCAGUUCUAAAUUUAAUUCCAGAUAUGGUCACAAACAAAUAUGAAAGAUAUGGACUCAGUUUUGUUUCAUAAUGUUCCUUGAAAAAAAGUGUAUUUAGUCUCAAAUUCAAUUCUAAAGUUGUUUCCAUGCAAAUAUAAUGGAUGAGCUUGGUUACAUUUUAUAAUAUAUCUUGAAAGAAAAUCAGGGGUGAUUGUGAGCCCAAGUCAAAAUUCCGGAAAAUUUCUUGAGUUAAAAAAAAAAAGUU